CUCGGGAGGGAUAUCCUACAGGUCCACAAGGUUAGACAGCAGAUUAAUGGACCUCACAACGCUCCAUACGCCCAGAGACUUGACCUAGGAUGGGUCAUUGUAGGAGAAGUCUGUUUGGGAGGUGUACACAAACCAACAACUGUCUACAGCAUGCUUACCAGUACACUUGAGAAUGGACGCCCAUCUCUUCUCCAACCAUGCGAAAAUCACUUCUUCAUCAAGGAACUGCCUCAAUGCACUUCAUCACCAGGUACCUUUGCAGGUCCCACCUACGAUGACUUCGACUGGGAUGCCAAUCAAGACCACCUGGGAUCCACAGUCUUCCGCAAGACUAAAGAAGACAAUCGUAUAGCGAUGUCAUUCGAAGAUAGACUGUUCCUAAAUAUAAUGGAGCAGGGAAUGGUGCAGGUCGAAACAAGAAGCUGGGUUGCACCUCUACCCUUUAAACCUCAAAGACAACGCUUACCCAACAAUAGAGAGCAAGUUUUCAAGCGAUUUGUCUCUCUCAGGCACAACCUAAGAAGCAAACCUGAGAUGAGAGAUCACUUCUUUACCUUCAUGGAAAAGAUAUUCCGGAAUGGUCAUGCAGAGCUAGCACCUGUACUUCGAGACUCGGAAGAGCGCUGGUACCUGCCCAUGUUUGAACUAGUAGACCCCCAUGCUGAUGUUGAGAUACGUCCUCAGGUAUCUGUGUUACAUACGGAGACUCUGGACCACCACCUGAAAUCCCACAGAUUCAGUAGGUUCUCUACUUGGAGAUCUCUUGUCCGUGCCAUCACUUGCCUGACCCACAUUGCUCGGUCGUACAAAGCAACCUCAUCGGCAGAUAAAGAUAUCUGUAGAGGUUGGCAUCAUUGUAAACAUGUCUACACAGCUCUCGAUCUAGAGCGGUCAAAAAAUGUAAUUAUCCAGGCUGUACAGCAUGAAACCUAUGCUACGGAAAUCGACUGUGUAGUCAGCCAAAGACCCGUGCCUAAAGGUAGUGUUUUAAGGAAACUAGACCCAGUGAUCGAUGAAGAUGGGCUCUUAAGGGUAGGUGGACGCCUUAUGGAAGCCGAUGUAGGCCUAGCAGAGAAACAUCCUGUGAUAGUUCCUGGACAGCAUCAUAUAGCUACUCUGCUCGUGCAACAUUACCAUGAACAGACAAAGCACCAAGGUCGUCUGUUUACUGAAGGAGCUCUAAGAGCAGCUGGAAUGUGGAUAGUUGGAGCUAAAAGAUGUGUAUGCAGAUUCAUAUUUAAAUGUGUUACCUGUCGGAAACUCCGUGGUAUGUCACAGGCACCGAAGAUGGCAAACCUCCCGUAUGACCGACUAAGUAUGGAUCCACCCUUCACCAAUGUUGGCCUAGACGUGUUUGGACCUUGGCCUGUGGUUGUCCGGCAAACCAGGGGAGGCCGUGCGCACGGGAAACGUUGGGCGAUUAUGUUCACCUGUCUGUCCAUCAGAGCUGUCCAUAUUGAAGUAAUUGAAUCUAUGGAUACUUCCUGUUUCAUUAAUGCUUUCCGACGUUUCAUUGCCAUUAGAGGACCUGUCAAACACAUUCGUUCUGACCGAGGCACAAACUUUGUCGGAGCAGCGAGAGAACUACAACUCUCUUCCAACUUGGAUGUUAACAACAUAGAAAGAUACCUCAGUGAACGAGGAUGCACUUGGACCUUCAAACCACCACACUCUUCUCACAUGGGAGGUGCUUGGGAGAGGAUGAUAGGCAUCGCACGGAGAAUCCUCGACUCAAUCUUCUUACAAGAAGGAUCUUCAAAGUUGACUCAUGAAAGCCUGACUACCUUCAUGGCAGAAGUAUCGGCUAUCAUAAAUGCCAGACCGCUAACCCCGAUUUCUAGCGAUCCUGAUGACCCAACAGUUCUCACACCCGCCACACUGCUUACCCAAAAGACUGAACAAAUUUGUGUUCCACCUGGAGAAUUCAAUUCCAAAGAUCUUUACAAAAAUCGAUGGAGACAAGUACAGAGUCUCUCAAACUCGUUCUGGGACAAGUGGAAAAAGCAAUACAUUCCCACUCUGCAACCGAGGAGAAAGUGGCAAACCAGCAAGCCUAACCUCCAGACUGGCGAUGUAGUCCUAAUGAAAGACUGCCAGUCACGGAGAAACGAGUGGCCGUUAGGUCUUGUGACUAAGACAUUCCCAAGUAAGGACGGAAUUAUACGCAAAGUAGAAUUGAAAAUACGGAGACAGGGAGAGACCAAAUUGUUCCUCAGACCAGUAGGAGAACUCGUUCUACUGUUUGCACCAAAAGAAUACAAUAGUGACGUCGGUUGACGUCAAGCGGGGAGUGUUCUGUCCCCAGAUUCAGUUCCAGUUGUUUCUGUCUCUUUAUCAGUUGACAUGGCAUUUAACUGUGUUGUAAUUCAUUUGCAUUACAUUGUGUGGUAA